GCGUGGCGAGGGGGAGGGCGGGGAGGCACCGCCCCGGCCCCGCCGCCCGCACGGGACCCGCGGCCGGGCAGCUACAAGCACUCCCUGGAGAUAUGGACCACGCAGCGGAUGAAUCCGGGCUCCUGGAAGGCUCUGAUGUUGGGUCUCAGAAAGAGAGAGUGGUGACAGAGGAGGAAUGGCUACAGAAAUGGGAAAUGGGUAACAUCGGGUUUCACAAGGAACACAAGCAUCCGCUCCUCCAAAAGUAUCUGGAUGUUCUUUUAAAUGGCAGGAGUGGACUGAGGAUAUUUUUCCCACUUUGUGGUAAAGCAGUAGAGAUGAAAUGGCUGGCGGACAUGGGGCACAGUGUUGUUGGUGUGGAACUCAGUGAGCAAGCAGUGAAGGAAUUUUUUUCAGAACACAGUCUGCCUUAUUGUGAGGAGCCAGUCUCUGAGAUUUCAGGAGGAAAACUGUUCCAGAGUACCUCUGGCAACAUUUCCCUCUACUGCUGCAAUAUUUAUGAUUUGUCCAGUUCAAUAGUUGGCAAGUUUGAUGGGGUUUGGGACAGAGGAGCUCUUGUAGCCGUGAAUCCAUGUGACAGACAACGCUAUGCCAGUUUGAUGAUCAACCUAGUGGAGAAAAAUUCUUCUUAUCUCCUUGUUACAGUUUCAUAUGAUCCAAACAAACACAAAGGGCCACCGUUUUAUGUUCCUGAAUCUGAAAUUAAAAGUUUGUUUGGCAACUGCUGUGAAAUUAAGUGUCUUGAAAAAGUUGAUGACUUCUCAGAGAAGCACAGACAAUGGGGACUAGAUUAUUUUCUGGAGGUGCUAUAUCUAUUAAAGUUUGUAGCUUGAUUAAAAUUUAUUAAAAUAACUUGCCUCCCA